GAAACCCUAGUUUCACUCACUCACAUUCCCUGCUUCGUAAAUCCGCCGCACAGCACACUUUGCAUCUCCUCAUAGCAAUCUGCAGAAUUUGUACACUUCAUUUAAAAAAAUGGUUGAAGCCAUGGAACGUGAAGAAACGCCCAAAUUCAGAGACAUUAGACGGUAUAUCUGCGAGUUCUGCGGUAUCUGCAGGUCCAAGAAAGCCCUCAUCACCUCUCACAUCAAUUCGCACCACAAGGAGGAAGCCGAAAAAGCAGAAGCUGAAAAGGAUCCCCAAUCAGAUCCUGUUAAAUCCAACACGUGCGAGGAAUGUGGUGCCACUUUCAAGAAACACGCCUAUUUGUUGCAGCACAUGCAAAGUCACUCGCUUGAGGAAAGUAACCUAUAAGAUUCUAAAUUCAUUGGAAAAUUAUGGAUGUUAUAGUGUGAGGCAUUGGAUCCCAGAGAAAGAACUCCAAAAUGCGCGAGGCAGCGUGUUUUGCCUUGAUGGAUCAGUAUCAGGUAGGGAGACCUCCUGUGAAGCUCCAUCAAGGUUGCCUCGGUCACGCUCUGUUCAAAAUUGAGCGGCCCUUUGCGUGUACUGUUGAUGAUUGUCAGGCAAAUUACAGAAGGAAAGACCACCUGACUCGGCACCUUCUACAGCAUCAAGGGAAGACUUUUAAGUGCCCUGUUGAGAAUUGCAACAUUGAGUUCUCUUUGCAUGGCAAUAUGAAAAGGCAUGUUGAGGAGAUUCAUGAUGAUAGUUCUACCUCUAUUUGGGACAAAAGUCCUAAACAGUUUGUGUGUUCAGAGAUUGGUUGUGGAAAGGUUUUCAGAUAUGCAUCACGGCUACAAAAGCAUGAAGGUUCUCAUGUUAAGCUGGAGUCAGUAGAUGUGAUGUGCUUAGAACCUGGUUGCAUGAAACAUUUCACUAAUGUUCAGUGCCUUCAAGCCCAUGUUAAAUCCUCCCAUCAAUAUAAAACCUGUGACAUUUGUGGGACUAAGCAACUGAAGAAAAAUAUUAAACGGCACCUUCGUUCACAUGAAGCCAGCAGUUCAUCGGAGACCUUUCAAUGCGAGUUUAAGGGUUGUUGCUGCACAUUCUCCACAAAAUCUAAUCUUGAUAAGCAUAAGAAGGUUGUGCAUUUUAAGGAAAAGCCUUUUGUGUGUGGGUUUCCUGAUUGUGGCAUGAGAUUUGCUUACAAACAUGUGCGAGAUAAUCACGAAAAAACUGCCAAGCAUGUUUUUACUCUUGGGGAUUUUGAAGAAGGUGAUGAAGAGUUCAGAUCAAGGCCGAGGGGAGGGAGGAAGGGAGAAUGUCCUACGGUUGAAAUGCUAAUUAGGAAGAGGGUUCCCCCGCCUAGUCAAUUGGAGAAUUGGUUAUUUAUGCAGGAUAGAGAGUAGAGUGCAUUGAGCAUUUUGUGCUCUUAAAACAAGUAGGCAAAAUGUAAAUUUAAUAUGUAGUUACAAGUAUAAAUUACGUACAUUUAGGAUCAGGGUAUGUGUUAAAAGAUAUAGGACUUGAGACAAUAACAUAGUAAUGGUUGUGCUUAUAUGAAAGGUUCAAUUGUAGUAGCCGAUGUAUGAACUGUUGGUUUCGAUUGGCAAUUUUCACAA